AUGAAUGUUGGAGAGAAGAAGGCCGAUGAUGUCGCCGUCACUGCCGUUUUUAAGAUCCAUAUGCAUUGCAAUGAUUGUGCUAAGAAAAUAAAACGAGUAGUGAACCAUUUUGAUAAAAUGACCAAAGAGAGCCAUGUGGUUUUGAAGAUGCAAUUAUAUUUCAAAGGCUGCAUUCAAAAGAUUAAGAAGGUACUCAUCAAAUUCAAAGGUGAAGAAAUUCAUCUCUCAUUCAAAAAAUCAAAACCAAUUGAAAUCAAUUUUACAGAAGUCAGUGAGAUUUCUCAAAAGAAUUUGAUAACAGCAAAACGCGCCAUGGAAAGAAAUGACCGUGUCGCCUAUCUCAAUGACGAGUUCAAAACAUCCGUCGAAGUAGUUCCUCCCAAGAAAGAAGCACUCGGCGCUGCUGGUGGCGGCAAGAAAGAAAAAGAAGCCGGAGGAGGCGGUAGUGGCGACAAGAAAGAGAACGACAGUAAAGUUGCCACCUCCAGUGGUGGAUACAGCGAUGGCCCAAAAAUGGAGUAUAGCGAUUUCUCAUAUCAGCCUUCGACAUUCUACUACGAGGCUCAGAUUCAUUUUCACGCGCCUCAUACGUUCAACAAUGAGAAUCCAAAUACUUGUCCUGUCAUGUAA